AUAAAUUUGAAGGCUUCCAGGCUUUCACCCCGCCUCUGCAGCCUCCCCCGAUGUCCCUUGGCAGGGCUGCCGGCGAGCGGAGCGCUGCGGGAGGGCUCUGCAGCCGGCUCCGCCGCGGGAGCAGGGCGCGUUCCGACCCCCGACGGGCGCUGUCGGGCUUGUGGGGGGCUGUGGGGUAGCACAGCACCCCUCCCCUCUGCUGCAGCCCGGGGGCAGCGGCAGCCUGGGCCUGAGCUGGUGUCGGUGAGCUAACGGGCUUUAAAUUCUUCAUGGCUCUUUUGGAGCUGGCAGCGUCCAAAAUUGUCCCUGCGCGGGCAGCCACCUUCUCUGCCCGGCGUUUGCAGCCAGUCCUAAAAAUGAGGGAAUUUCCACGUGAGUCUCCAUCAACCCCUCCCUCCCCACAGUCGCAGGUCAGCUGCCUAUUAGCCAGCUAUAAAAUAAUUCAAUUUUUUUAUAGCCUCUCAUAAAAAGAAAUUGAUCGGGGUAUAUAUUUGAAUUAAGACAUAUUAAAUCGAUGACAGAUACACAUCACCUGCGUUUAACAGGCGAGGGACAAGGAGGCAUGCAGAAGGUUCCGCGGAGCUGUGAUACUUGUUGUUCACCUCCACAGCAUCUCCCAUCAAACCAUUCCAUCUCUGGACCUUGCUCCAGAGAUGCACACAGAAUUUGGAGAGGAGGGAGGGCACUAUUUGGAUGGACAUGUAGAAAAUACGUGUCUAUAAAUACCCGUACAUGCGUAUGGCUACUUUGCGUGAAGUUUUUACUGUGCAAUAAAACCAUCGAGCAGCCGCUUUUAAAACCCGGGGAUCAUUUAUUCCCAUUCCUUGCCUUGCAGCAUCACUGAAACCCCCACGGCGGCCACACGAGCCGGGAGCACUGGCUCGUCUCCGGUGGAGGCAGAGAAGGAAGGGAACCGGCGGGUCUCUCUCCCCCUUGAGCUCCCCCUAGAGCCUCUCACCCCGCUUUUGGCAGCCGUGGGCCAAAUCCUGCGAGUUUCCCCCCGCGAGUAGCGGCGGGAGAGGCAGAGGGGGAGCCUGGAGCCUGGCCCAGGAAAUGCCGGACCAGCACGGGGCUUCCUUUGAACUGGCUUGGCACAGGGAAGCGGCCAAGGCGCACAGAUGUAGUUUCGUCAAGGGGAUUAUGUGGCCGGGGAGAGCCGAGGUGCGUGUGGGUCCGCUGGCCUCCCCCGCCCCGUUUCCUCUCCUGGAGAGGCGGAGAAGCGUCUCUGGCUAUCCCGCAGGCAGGGAAGGGCAGCCAGCUUGCCUGCACUUCCCGGGAGCGCGGGGCUCAAGGCAUUCCCAGGGGGACCAAAAGCCUGGAGAAAGCAGAUGACAUAUCAGUGAAAGCUACUUCUCCUCCCAGAGAAAAGUCACGACAAUGCUCCUUUCCCCUUUUGGCUCGCAGGGAAAUCCCGGCCUUGCCUAGUCAAGCCCCUCAAAGGGCAGCAUCCUUUGUACCGACGGGCCACUUUCGGCGCUCCACAAAGCGCUUCGCUUUCGAGGACCAGCACACCCCGCACCCCAGGGGCGGUCCCAUCACUGUCCCCGCCCGUCCUCUACCUCUGCCCCCUUUCAGGAGAGCUCCCACUUUUCCUGCCUUUUCCUCUGGGGCAGCAGCUCAGGGCUAACACACACCGGCCGGAGACCCUCAUUUCCCAACCCACCUUCCGACAUCCUAAAGAGUCGAGGAGCAUUUAUGCUCGGGGCCGGUAUCGCUGCGGGGGUUCCAUCUCUGUUUCGCCGCUGCUGAGCUCGGGCUGAAGGGGAUGCAGCUGCCUGGACUGCGGCUGGCGGGCCCCGAGGGGCGUGGGGGGCUCUCCCCACGGGAUGCCCCGGGAAGCCGCUGCGGGAGGAGGAAGCCCCAAAGCGGCAGCGAGCGCAGGCUCCCAAAACUUGGCUCUAACAUGUGCCACUUGCCCCCUUCCUCCUCCCCUCCCCGCUUAUUCGUUUAUUUUCUAAAGGAAAGGAAUCCCAACCCCCGCCGUCUUCUUUUCAGGGAAACUUUGGCCGCCUUCUCCUAGUGGUGCCUUGGUCAUGAGUACACACAGGCUCGGCCUCGCGUGGGUGUGGGGCUGCGCGCAUUGUUGCAUGAGGGAGCGCUUUCCCGCCUCAUCCAUGAAUGAACGUGGCCCUCCAAAAAAAAAAAAAAACAGAUAAGGAAACCGAGCGCGGAGCCGUGUGGGCUGCGGCCAGGCGAGGAGAGAAACCCCACGGCCCCGCAGAGGCAAACACGGCGGAGCACCUGAGCAGGGCGCCCCGUCCGGUGCCUGGGGAGCCGGGGCAGCCGCUGCCCGGUGCUGCCCGGUGCUGCCCGGUGCUGCCCGGUGCUGCCCGGUGCUGCCGGCCGGCGGGGGCGGUGCCGGGCGCGCCCGCCGGGCCCCGCGCGAAGUUUUGCGAGUGCAACUUCGGGGGGCGGCGCGGGGGGGCCCGGGGGGCGGCGGGGGCGGAUCCCCGCGGCGCCGCCGGCCUGAAAGGGAGCCAAUCGCGGGGCCCCGGCCGCUGCCAAUCAUCGCCGUCCGUCCAAUCCCUCCGGCGCGGUGUCCGAGCCGUAUUCCCCAGCGCGCCGCCGAAGUGUGGUGAGGGCUCUGCCAAUCGCGGGCGGGCAGAGCGGGGCCGGGGAUGCGCGGGGCUCGGAGCGCAGACAAAAGAAGUUAAAGAGCCGCUUAAUAUAUACAUGUUUUUGAAGGCGGGUAAAGGGAAAAAAAUAACAACAGCGAGCGUAGAUGGGCUCGGCUGUGUCGUUAUGGAGCCCCCUUUGAGCAAGAGGAACCCGACACUGAGAUUAGCGGAUUUGGCAGCGGCUCAGCCCCAUCCUCACCAGAACAUGACAGGCUUCCCGGGGCUGGGGAACCACCACGUCCACCCCCACCACGCGGCCCACCUCCACCCCGGGGACGCGGGCGGCGACCCCGGCGGCGCCCUCACGCCGCUCGGACCCGAGCACAUGGCACAGCCCGCCGCCCUCAAGCUCACGCCCGAGGCGCUCACCGCCGCCGCCUUCGCCGCCCCGCCGCCACCACCACCACCGCCGCCGCCGCCGCCGCCGCCACCGCCGCCGCCGCCACCACCGCCGCCGCCUGCGCCGCCCGCCGCCGCCCUCCCGGGAUACCCGUCGGGGGAGGCGGCGGGCCGGGACUUUCUCCUGCGGCGGGAGCUGCCCGCCGCCGCCGCCGCCGUGCACGGGGCGCUGGGCGAGCAGCACCCGCCCGCCGGCUCCCCCCACCUUCCGCACCCGCCGCCGCACGGCGUCUUCAUCUCGGCCGCCGGCACCUACGGCGCGACCGACGGGGCGCACGCCGCCUUCCCGCCGCCGCCGCCCGGCGAGCAGGGCGCGCCCGCCGGCCGCCACCCGCCGCUCAACGGGCAGAUGCGCCUGGGGCUGGCGGCCGCCGCCGGGGAGCUCUACGGGCGCGCCGAGGCGCACUACGGGGCCGCCGCCGCCUCCUCCUCCUCGGCGUUGCAAGGCUACGGCUCCGUCAACCUCAACCUGGCGGCGGCCGGCCACGGGCACCCGCACCACCCCCAUCCCCACCACCACCACCAUCACCACCACCACCACCAUGCCCACGUCGGGGCCGCGGCGGCGGCGGCGGCGGCUGGGGCCUUCCUGCGAUACAUGCGACAGCCCAUCAAGCAAGAGCUGAUCUGCAAGUGGAUCGACCGGGAGCCGCCUCCUCCGCCUCCGCCGCCGCCACCGGGCGGUAGGAAGCCUUGCUCCAAAACUUUCAGCACGAUGCAGGAGCUGGUGAGCCAUGUCACCGUGGAGCACGUCGGUGGGCCCGAGCAGAGCAGCCACGUGUGCUACUGGGAGGAGUGUCCCCGUGAAGGCAAGCCCUUCAAAGCGAAAUACAAACUCAUCAACCACAUCCGAGUACACACGGGAGAGAAACCCUUCCCUUGCCCCUUCCCCGGCUGCGGGAAGGUCUUCGCUCGCUCCGAAAACCUCAAGAUCCACAAGCGGACUCAUACAGGGGAAAAGCCCUUCAAGUGCGAGUUCGACGGCUGCGAGAGGAAGUUCGCCAACAGCAGCGACCGCAAGAAGCAUUCCCACGUCCACACCUCGGACAAGCCCUACUACUGCAAGAUCCGCGGCUGCGACAAGUCCUACACGCACCCCAGCUCCCUGCGGAAGCACAUGAAGAUCCACUGCAAGUCGCCGCCGCCCUCCCCGCCGCCGGGCUCCCAGGGCUACGCGGCGGCGGGGCCCCCCGACGGGCCGCUGCCCCCCGAGGCCGAGCCCGCCGCCGAGCCGCCCCGCGGCCGCCGCGCCGCGCUCUCCCCGCCGGUCACCGACCUCAGCGAGUGGUACGUCUGCCAGGCCGGGGGGGCUCCCCGCCGGCCCCGCACGCCCUCCAGCCGCGACACCUCCCCGGCAUCCGAGGAGGAUGAGCCCCACAGGACCUCGGGAGGCAGAACUGCUCCCUAGGGCCGUGCCGGGCCGUGCCGGGCCGUGCCAAGCUGCCGGUGGCCCCGGCCCCACCGCACUGGGCCGGGCCGCAGGGGCGGCCACCUGGCACGGGGGGCUGCCGUGGAAGUGCCAUCAGGUUUGACUCGCGCUAUUUAUUCCAUGUACGAAACCCUAUGGUGUUUGUAUGGUAACUAAUUUAAUUAAAGAGACUCGGACCUUUUUUUUUUUUUUUUUUUUUUGGUAAAUAAAAGCAUUAAUAACGCCAGGCUGGGCUGUCCCAGUCACCCGAGCCGCACAAUUUUGCAGGGGGACGGUGUCAACGGAGAUGCCCAUCUUCCACUCUGCCCAUGCCCAUUGCUCUUAACAAGAUUAAGCUGGCGAAGCAGAACCCAGCCGAUCUCUGGAAUGGCUAUUAAGUACCUUAGCUGCCACCCCAGAGCCUCCUCUUUGGCCUGGGUAAAGCCCCAGGUCAGCGGCAGCCUCUUGAUUGUAAAGCAGCACCUGCUAAAGCUCCGGCUAGUCAAGGACAGGUUGUGCAUCCCUUAAAAAAAAAUGAAAUAAAUGCAUUUCCCCAC